UUAAGCACUAUCGACCUUCGCUAAAACUAAUUUCUAUUACACUGUAAGAGAAGUCGAUAGAGCAGGAACAGGUUGCACACUUGUGCGACAAAAUACCUAACGCCAGGUGGCGGAUCGUAUUCGUAUAGUGGCACCGGUACAGGUAAGAGAUGGCGGGAAUGGGUAAAACGACUGAGAAAGAACUUAUCAAAUUAACGGUCGGAAGCAAGAUAGAGGUAGUGAGGGGCAACAGAACACCAUCGAAGUACCUUCGAACGUUCAGCAGUAUAUCGCUGGACGCCAUACUCGACACGCGUGGUACCAUUACUCCUCUAAAAGUAUGCUGGUUCUAUGAUCCUCGCGAUUCGUUGUUGUUCGAAGUAACUCUUACAUAAGAAGUGCCAGGAAGCCCCAUCUCCGGCAGGGAUGUUUUGCCAUCGGUAACGAGACCUCUCAAAGGGAUCAAGGAACCAGAAUGACGUCUGAGCGGUUUCACAAAGCUGCACGCGACGGCGUCUUGGACAUCCUGAAAGAAGCAACAAAAAAAGAUUGUAACGCACGAGAUGAUGGAGGAAUGACCCCCACAUUAUGGGCAGCCUUUGAAGGUCAUAUAGAUGCUCUGAGACUGCUGGUCGCCAGAGGGGGAGACCCCGACAAAACCGAUUACUUCGGCAACACAGCCCUCCACUUAGCGUCAGCAAGGGGUCAUGAAUAUUGUGUCCGGUUCCUUGUUAAAUUCGGUUGUAAUAUCUGGUCCUUGGACAUCGACAGACAUUCGGCCAGAGAUUUAGCUGCCAUAAAUGGAAGAGAAAUGACUCUACAGUUUUUAGACUUCGUUCAAGCCGACCAAGAACUCAACAAUCGCAAAAAAAGUCGAAUACUUCGGGAGAAGGCUGAAAAAGACGCUGAAAAAAGAUUGAAGGAGUAUAUAAAGAAACAGAAGAUGGCGGAAAUUAGAGCGGAAAAAGAGCAAAAGAAACUGUCGAAAGACCGUACGAAACUGGACCUAACUACGGUAAACGAAGUCGGUAGUCUACCUCAGAAGCCUAGUAUAUUGACCUUCAAGGGUCGAGUGAAACCUUCGCCUACCUUCAGCGAUAUCGUCGGCACCACCGCAAAAAAACAUGGUAGUGCUGUCUGUAGAAAAGCUUUAGCGAAAAAGGCCGUUGACGACUUCAAGGUUGUAGAGGUUGAAAUGAAUGGAAAGAAAUCGAUACGUAGCCUGACUGGUCUUCGAAGAGAUUCUGAAGUAAUCUACGUUGGAACGUACGAAACUCAAGCUCAACAAAUAGGGAGGAGAGGAAGGAUCUCAGACGUUUGGGGUACUCUAAGCAAAGCACAAAGUACACCGGAUCUCUUAGGUGAUCGAAUCUAUGACGACGACGAUGAGCAAAAUGAUAAUAGAGAGGAUGUAAAUGAUAUAAGAGACGCUACCUUCUUGCAAGAACCUGCAAGUAUUUUUAAUCGGCCUGGUUUUGGAUCAGUAGCAUUCCGAAGGGCGAUUACGACUACAUUCGAUAACAUACCAGUCUCGCAAAUGGAUGCACAUGAACAAAACGGUAACUCUUGCGUGAAUGGUUCCGUAAAUGGAUCUGUAAAUGGACAUAGAACAAGCUCAAAUGGGCACAACGAAGAAAUCAGUAUAGGAAGCGCAGGUAGCUUAGCUCGCAGGCAAAGUCUGUGGGACGACGAUUUACUUUCAGAAACGCGCAUAAAAAUGAUUACAGAAGAAGAAACAGACGAGGAGUGGACACCAUUGCAAAGAUUCUUAGUCGCCAACAAUCUAUCGUCGAUACAUCCAGUUUUAGAGUCGGAACAAAUUGAUCUGGAAGCUUUAAUGUUACUUACUGAAUCCGAUCUUGCAGCUCUUAAACUUCCUCUUGGACCUAAAAGAAAGUUAAUGAAUGCUAUAGCGAAUCGAAAGAGAGCGUUAGAUGCCCCUGAAAACGUCAUCAAAGAUAGUAAAUUGUAAACUCUUGACUUUAAGGAAGAGAUGUCAGUCUUGCAAGAUGUGUUAUUAAGUGCCUUAAUAACUACUUACAAAAUGAUACAAAUGUUUGAGAAAUCUAAAACAUAAAAAAAAUUCUUCAACCGCAGGGACUGAUACUUGUAACUAUAACAGAUUACGCGAUGAAUCAUCGUUUACAUAUCAUUUAAUCAUACAACGAGAAAAUGGAUAACUCUUUUUUGCCAUUUUAUUUUUUUAGUACAUAUAUAAAUAGGAUAUUAUACAUUUGUUCACUUCUUUGGCGUAACUGGGUAAACAUCAGAGUACAACAUAGGAAACUUUACAUAGUUCAUAUUGGAAAUGUAGAAAUUUUCAAAACUUUCUACUUCUAAGUUUUCAAAUUAAUAAUAUAAAAAUUCCAAAAUUUCCAAAGCCUGAAUUAACAAAACUAAUCUAGUUCUCUAUAGAAAAAAAUUCUAGUUACGCCAACAGUUCACUUCCGUAAAUCAUCGCCAUAAAUAUGUAAAUCAUUAUGGUAUGCUAAACAUAGAAGGCAUACCGAAAUAAUAAUCACCUCAUUGUGCAAAAUUUCAAUUAGCCUUAAUUUGUAUACUAAGUAUGGUGCCUUAGUAGAACGUAACUUCGUUCAUGUAAAUGAAAGUGUAAAUGUCACUCUAAUAGAACGUAUAUCUACGAGUUUUCCACCUCAUGUUAUCGUUCAUAGGAGUACAAUCGUUAUACAAAAUGUACAAAUUGAACGCAGUAAAAUAAAGUAUGUAAAUAUUGGAAUAUGUCAAACAUUUUGUAACAUACCCUUUAUUCGGGCAUCAGGUAAACGCCAAUAAUACAAAAAUAAAUUUUUAUUUAUAAUUUUAUUUGUAAAUGAUUAUCUUACAAAUAAGAGACGCAAAAAUAUACAAGCUUCUUAUGUUCGCAAAAAAUAACAGCACCAUUUCUCGCCUUGCCGUGGACACAUAAUUUUUUAAUGCUGUAUCACGGCUGUUCUGUGUUCGUGCAAGUAGAAUGUGACGAUACGUUCGUUUACACAAACGUACACCACGUUGCGAUUAAUGUGCAUCAGAAUAAAAAAAA